AGGAAACAACACAAGCUUUGCAGCUAAAUCCCGAGUGAUUUUAUUGUGGACUAUUUUUCAUUUACCUUCUUUUGGAGGAGCUGGUAAAGCAUAUUUUCGCUUAUCGUGAACACAAAAGGUGUCUAUUGUACUACUUAUUAAAGUCUACGCGGAAAUGUUAAGCGUGGAGUCGUUGCAAGUGGUUGAGGAAGAGGUGGUUGAAUCCAGCUCCAAUAAACUCGGUGACAUUUACACUUUUGUGGCCAAAGGCUGCUUCCCUCAGACGAUGAAUCCGUUACGAAAGAAGAAUCUUAAACGAUACGCCCAGAAAUUUGUAAUUGAUGAGGGCAAGCUGUACUACGUGGGACCCAAGAAAGAAGAGAAGAGGGAGGUGGUGAUAGAGGCGGAGCGAAAGAGGCAGGUGUUCCUCGACUGCCACUUCAAUGACGUCGGCCACCACCUGGGCCAGAAGAAGACUGUCCACAGGAUCCAGAGCAAGUACUACUGGCUGGGGAUCAUCAAGGACGUGGUGGACUGGAUAAAAGUGUGUGAGACCUGUCAGCACACAGAGAGGAACAAAAACCUGGCCAGGACCGUUCGGCCCAUUAAAGUGGACGCCCCUUGGGAUAUCGUUGGGAUUGACAUGACAGGGCCUUUCCCAGAGACACAGCAAGGCAACACCAGUGUUACACUCCUCAUUGAUUAUUUUAGUAAAUGGCCGGAAGCUUUUCCAGUCCAAAAGACAGAUGCUCUCUCUGUUGCUAAAUGUAUUUCCAAAUGCAUAUACAGGUUUGGUGCCCCCAAAACAAUAGUGUGCACACAGAACGUUGACUUCUGUGAUGAGGUGACAAAGCUGCUGUGCGACAGGUGGAGCAUCGUGCAGAAGGUGUCUCCACUGGAUCAACCUCAGCUCAACCCCUUGCACGACUGCACGAGUCCUUUGCUGAAGGAGGCCAUCCUGCAGAUGGUAACCGAGAAGCAGGCGGAAUGGGACGACUUCCUGGACCCCGUGCUGUUCCUCUUCAGGACGUCCGCCAACCCAACGACCAAGUUCAGCCCUUACUCGCUCAUGUUCAACAGGAAAGCGAAUUUACCCGACGAGAAUACCUCGAGUCUGCUCAAUUACGACGAGCAGGAGCAGGACACGCAUUCCACAAAGGAGAAGGCCUCGGCAUUUAUGACGAUAAUGCAGGAGCAGCAGAACUCGGUGAAGCAGCUGGUGAUGGCCAAUAUGAACGCUGCCUACAAACAAGAGAAGAAAAAGAACACCAAGCGGAGAACACACAACAUGCGCUCAGUGACUUUUAAAAUGGCAGAUCCUUCUUUCUGUGCAGGCGACUCGCCCUCCCCAAAGAAACUGAAAGACACUAUUUAUUUAUCUUUUCCUGUUGAGACAGUGCUGGCCACCGAGCAAAGCAGCUCAGAGGACACGAAGACUGAGUUGGAAUAUCACUUGGCUGAGUCCGAUGUCCACUGAGGAGAGAGGACUGGACGGGUCAGGGGAGCUCGACAAUGCGCUGUUGUGAUAAAGCAAGCUGAAGUAUCGGACGGGAGAUAUGAAUCCAGAUGUUGGCGAAGUGAGUUUGAGGAGCAGCUGUCUUGUUAGUUGGUGUUCUGCUGGAGAUGAGAACCAGAAAACACGAGACAACAAACAAAUGCAGCGAACAUAAACCCACAUGAGUGGUUGAGCUUUUAACAUCGUUUCCCAUGAAAAUAAUGUUUAGUUAUUUUUUUCCACUCUAACCAUGCAAUAGAAUUUCAAGCUACUUUGAAAUAAAAGUAUCGUAGAAGUAUUUAAUACUCUUGAAUAAAAGUAUUAUUUCAUCUG